AUGAAGCUCGUGCUAAGAAGUCUGCUUCUCACCUCGUUCUGCACCAUCUCAUCUUGGACUGUUUCAUCUGGCAUGUUUGUUGUGACCCAGACUCCAGAUGUUUCUGUCAUGGAGGGAGAGACAGUAAACAUCACCUGCUGCUGGACAGAAACGUUUGAAAGAUUCAGCGUGGCCUGGCUGAAAAAUCAAACACUAAUUAGGAGAGAGAGCUACCCAAAUCAAUCUCAAGGGUCUCUGAAAAAGGAGGCAAAGAUCUGCUCAACUUUGAACAUUUCAAACAUCGGAACAGAGGAUUCAGGAACAUACAUCUGUAGAGUGAUUGUGGAGAUUCCAUCUUUAACUGAGUCUAAAGGAAAUGGGACCAUCGUCACAGUCAGAGAGAUGCAUGUCACUGACUACAACAACCACACAGGCUCCACUCCUUCAUCAUCGACUGUCAUCUUCAUCCUGAGGAGUCUGCCCUUCAUUCUUCUUGUUCUGAUCUUCUGCUGCUUUAGAAACAACUGGACCACAUCACAGCGUCACAACACAGCUGCUGGAAGUGAAAGCAUGUCUGCCCAGAGAGGAGAGCAAGACGAAGAAGCAGGAAGAAGUGAGAGAGGAAAAGUGGAAACACGGCUGUAG